AUGUGGUUGGAUUCAGUAUUGACAGUGCUUGCAGAUGGUGAAUUGGAUGAUCUCAUUGAGGAGUUCUCAGAAGGCCGAGUUCAAUUUGCCUAUGUAAAGGUCAUUGACCCGAACUCAGGAUUACCCAAGAACGUCCUCAUCGGCUGGUGCGGUGAAGGCGUGCCCGAACGGACUAAAGGUUACUUUACCAGCCAUUUAGCCAGCGUGUCCAAGUUCCUACAUGGAUAUCAUGUUCAGAUUACAGCUCGGGCGGAAGAACAUCUGACCCCCGAGGGCAUCAUCCAGCGAGUGGCCGACUCAUCAGGUUCGAAGUACUCUGUGGAUUCCCAGGUCCCCAUCUCCUCCGGCUCGAAAUCCUCCGGCCCACCUCCCGUUGCAAGCAAGCCCGUCUUCACUCCCACCAGGUCGGGCGGCAUUGCUCCGAGUCUUGCCCCGCGCCCCAAGCCCGCUACUACCUCCAAUGUCGACAAUGAUGGCUGGGGUGCCGAUGCGCCUCCAGUGACUCGCACUCAGCUUGAGAAGGUCCAGCCUGCGUACCAGCCCACACGUGUCAAUUUGCAACAACUCAAGGAUGAGAACCAGACUCCUGCUCGUCAGCCGGCUCCUGUCACCUCCGAGGACCGCAGUGAUGUUGUACGAGGUGGUUACCAGCCGAUCGGCAAGGUAGAUAUUGCAGCAAUCCGGAGACAGGCUGCUGACUCUAGCCGGACGCAAGACGAUCGCCCGACACCUGUGAAGGGUUCUUAUGAACCCGUUGGCAAGGUUGAUAUUGCCGCCAUUCGCGCCAGAGCUCAGAAGCCCGAAGGUGCUGGUGAUGUCUCCCCGGCAGCGCCCAGCCCGGUUGCUCGAAACGAGCCCGUUUCUCUCCCUGAGCGUCCUGCCAUGGCCCAGGAGUCUGAGCGUUUGACCACUCUGCCUAAGCCCAAGGUUGCGAACAAGUUCGGUGGCGGUCCUUCUUUUGGCGGCACGAAGCCACCUCUCCCCGCUGGCUCUAGCACACCCGCCGCGGCUGCGCCGGUCGGCACUGCCAGUCGAACCUUUGCAAACCAGGGAGGGAAGACCCCGGCUCAGCUGUGGGCAGAGCGCAAAGCUAGAGAGCGUGGAGAGGCUUCCGGCCCUGCCUCCGCUUCCCCUGAUGUGCAGCCCAUCCAGAGUCAGCCCAGCGGACAGGGCGAAUGGAAGAGUGGUUAUGCUGGCAAGUCGUGGGCCACAGUGCAGACCGUUAAGGACAAGGCUGUCCCCCAGAAUGUUGACGCGAGAGCCGCCGAAACCCAGGAAGCAGAGGCUCCGGAACCUUCAUCCCACGUUGGAGGCAUUCGGGAUCAGUUUGCUCAGUCGACUCCCGCGGAAGUGCCUGCUCCUCCUGUUCCCCAAGCCAGUCGCCCUGUGCCCGUUCCUGGACUGUCUACUGGUCCGUCCGAGCCCGAAACUGAGCAUGAUGCUCAGCAAGUUUUGCCCCCUCCUCCGCCGCAGCCUCGCUCACCCACUCCCCCUACACCUUCCGAGCCCGAGGGCUCUCCCAUUCAAGUAGCUAUGCCUGUGGGCCGAGGCGCGGCCGAAGAUGUGGCUGAUGCCCACGAAGAACAGAUCUCGCCGCCUCCCGCCAUGCCCAUCCAAAGUCUCCAGGAGGUCGUUCCAGAUGAGCGGGAGCUGGAGGAAGAUACUCAUGAUAUUGGUCGUGCUGCCGCAGAGGCCACCGCGGAGCCUACUGUUGCUGGCCAGUCGCAUGGUGGUAUUCGCGCUCUGGUGCAGUUUGACUAUGAGAAGGGAGAAGAUAACGAGAUUGAACUUCACGAGGGUGAAUUUGUCACCGACAUCGACCAAGUUGACGCAGAUUGGUGGGUGGGCGUGAAUGCUCGUGGUGAGCACGGUCUCUUCCCUGCCAACUACGUGGAGAUUGUGGACGAUGAUCAGCUCGCCCAUGGUCACUUCCAAGAGACUGAACCUGAACCUGAACGCGAACCCGAGCCUACACCUGCCCCUGUCUCUGCCCCUGCCCCCGCCCCUGCCGCUGCUCCCAGCUCCAAGGGCCCAACUGCCAACGCAAUUUACGACUACGAGGCUGCAGAGGAUAAUGAGCUGAGCUUCCCUGAGAAUGCCACAAUUCUGAAUGUGGUAAGUAUCUUUUGCUUUUCAUAA